GAAACCAACUGACAUGUCCGCGCGUUUGGCUUGGUUGCUUUUCUCUGUGGUGGUCUCGGCCGUUGUGGCUCAGGACGUGCUGGUGACAGUGGAGCAGGGCGUGCUGAGGGGCAGCGUGGUCAUCAGCAAGCUGGGCACGCCGUACGCCGCCUUCAGAGGAGUCCCCUACGCCACGCCUCCACUGGGAGAUCUCCGGUUCCAGGCGCCGCAGCCGGCCGCGAGCUGGUCGGGCGUUCGCGACGCCCUAGAGGAGGGGUCGGCCUGCACACAGGUGCCGCUUCCGGAUGUCUCAACGGCGAGAGACCCCGGCGACGAGGACUGCCUCGUCCUCAACUUGUACGUGCCCCUCAACACCACUGAGCCGCCCCCAGUGUACGUCUGGAUGCCGGGAGGCGCCUACUUUGUUGGCAGUGGCACCGUCGCUCAGUAUGGGCCAGACCUCCUCAUAGAAGAAGGUAUCGCUGCGGUCACUGUCAACUACCGCCUCGGGGCUCUAGGAUUUCUCAGCACUGAGGACGAGGUGAUCCCUGGCAACGCAGGCCUGAAGGACCAGGUGAUGGCCCUGCGGUGGCUGCAGCAGAACGUCGCAGCCUUCGGCGCUGACCCAGAAAAGGUCACAGUCGGCGGGGAGAGCGCUGGCGGCAGCUCAGCGGCCCACCACCUCAUAUCGCCCAGCUCCGCAGGCCUCUUCCGGUCAGUGACCAUAGAGAGCGGUGAGUCAGUCUCUCCUUACGGCGUGACGAGCGUAGCGAGAGAGAAGGCGUUCCGCCUGGGGCAGGUCCUGGGAUUCUCCACCAACGACUCCAGGGAGCUGCUGGACUUCCUGAGGACGCAGGAUGCGCAUGAACUCGUGGCACACGACGCGGACGUCCAAACAGAAGCUGAGAGGCUGUCCAUGAACCCGAUGGUGUUCCUGCCCGUGGUUGAGCCCGACUUGGAGGGUGCUUUCAUGACAGACAGGCCUGCCAACAACCUCAGGGCAGGUCGCUUCAACAAGGUGCCGGUGCUGGAGGGAGCUACGUCUGGAGAGGGAACCAUCUUACUAGGCCCUCCGCUGGAGCCUGCCUACCUGGAGGACGCGGCGCUGCUGCAGCAGCUGAGCGACCACUUCGUGGAGGCGGUGUCCACCCUGGUCCACCUGCCCACGUCGGCGCAGCGCGAGCAGGCCGCACUUCAGCUGCGGGACUUCUACUUCGGGCACGAGAACAUCACGUUGGACGACGCGCAGGCCCUCGUCGACAUGACAAGUGACAUAUUCUUUGUGGAACCAGCGGACUCAGCCGUGCGGAUCAUCGCCAACCAUUCCGACGCUGGACCCCUGUAUUACUACCAGUUUGACUAUCGGGGGCCAGAAUUAGGGAACUCAACAUAUGGAACGCCGCAUGCUUCUGACGCACAGUUGCUCUGGUUGCGCCCCGAUGAGUCCCCACCAGAUGCGAACACAACAUUUGGACUCUUGAGGAGCAAUUUGGUCAGACUCUGGAGCAACUUCAUCAAGUAUGGGACCCCGUCACCAGAGGGAGAAACCAUCGUGUGGACGCCAUUCAACAACGCCGACCUCAACUACCUGCACAUUACGGACACUUUCACAAUGGAGCAGAACGUCAACCAGGAGCGGAUGGACUUCUGGCACCAGAAUAUCCCUGUGUAUUAGACGAGAAGACGAGACGUUACAGAAUACGGCUGUUAACGUAGCUGCUGUAGUUCGAACACUAGUUCCUUCAUUUUGCAACUAGAUUUAUUUCACAGAUGUCAAUCGUCUCCCAAAACAUACAUCUUUCUGUAUUUUAGCGCUUCCUCGGUGUAAUAGGUAUUUAUUCAAAUACUUUCGUGUACAUCGGCGCCAAUGAAUGUCGCCCUCCACCGUAGCAUCCAUCAUUCGAAAACAAGAUAGGAAAAUUUGAUUAUGACUAAUC